AUGCUCCGCACCUUCUCCUCGCGCCUGCGGGUCUCGCCUUCGGGCAGCCGCUCGGCCCUCCGCUCCUUCACGACGUCGCCGCGCCGCAACUUUGUGGUCGACCUCACCCGCCGCGACCAGGUCAAGGUCGCCCCGACCGCCGACGAGGACCUCGUCGACAUCUCGUCCCAGUUCAAGCACAUCCAGACCAAGGACGGCACCUCGGCGGCGUCCGACCUCGCCCGUCGCCUGUCGCAGGCCGUCUUGCCCAAGCUUGAGCGUCCCGACGUCAAGAAGGUCAUGAUCGUCGGCUCGGGCGGUCUUUCCAUCGGUCAGGCCGGCGAGUUUGACUACUCUGGCGCCCAGGCGAUCAAGGCGAUGAAGGAGUCGAACGUCGAGUGCAUCCUCCUCAACCCCAACAUCGCCACGAUCCAGACGUCGCACCAGAUGGCGUCCGAGGUCUACUUCCUCCCCGUCACGCCCGAGUACGUCGCGUACGUGCUCGAGAAGGAGCGCCCCGACGGCAUCCUCCUCACGUUCGGCGGCCAGUCGGCCCUCAACGUCGGCAUCCAGCUCGAGAAGAUGGGCGUGUUCGAGCGCCUCGGCGUCAAGGUCCUCGGCACCCAGGUCCGCACCCUCGAGGUGUCCGAGGACCGUGACCUCUUCGUCAAGGCGCUCGACGAGAUCGGCAUCCCCGCCGCGACGUCGACGGCCGUCUCGACCGUCAAGGACGCCCUCGAGGCCGCCGAGAAGAUCGGGUACCCGGUCAUCCUGCGCUCGGCGUUCUCGCUCGGCGGCCUCGGGUCUGGGUUCGCCGACAACGAGGAGGAGCUGCGCGACCUGUCGGCCAAGUCGCUGUCGCUGUCGCCCCAGGUCCUCAUCGAGAAGUCGCUCAAGGGCUGGAAGGAGCUCGAGUACGAGGUCGUCCGCGACGCGGCCGACAACGUCAUCAUCUGCUGCAACAUGGAGAACUUCGACCCGCUCGGCAUCCACACGGGCGACUCGAUCGUCAUCGCGCCGUCGCAGACGCUCUCGGACGACGAGUACCACAUGCUCCGCUCGGCCGCCAUCAAGAUCGUCCGCCACGUCGGCGUCGUCGGCGAGUGCAACGUCCAGUACGCGCUCAACCCGAACAAGCGCGAGUACAUGGUCAUCGAGAUGAACGCGCGCCUGUCGCGCUCGUCGGCGCUCGCGUCCAAGGCGACGGGCUACCCGCUCGCCUACACGGCGGCCAAGAUCGCGCUCGGCCACACGCUCCCCGAGCUGCCCAACGCCGUCACCAAGACGACGACGGCGUGCUUCGAGCCGGCGCUCGACUACCUCGUCACCAAGAUCCCCAAGUGGGACCUCGCCAAGUUCCAGUACGUCCAGCGCGACGUCGGCUCGUCGAUGAAGUCGGUCGGCGAGGUCAUGGCCAUCGGCCGCACGUUCGAGGAGUCGCUCCAGAAGGCGAUCCGCCAGGUCGACCCGAGGUGGACCGGCUUCGAGGCGUACUGGAAGCCCGAGGACCUCGACAACGCGCUCACGGUUCCGACCGACCGCCGCCUGUUCGCCAUCGCGCACGCCAUGCUCAACCUCGACUACUCGGUCGACCGCAUCCACGACCUGACCAAGAUCGACAAGUGGUUCCUGUACAAGCUCGACAACAUCGUCCAGGUCCACCGCGCGUUCCGCAAGGCCGAGUCGGUCGCCGCCGUCGACGAGAACCUGAUGCGCAAGGCCAAGCGCAUGGGCUUUGCCGACAAGCAGAUCGCCGACCUCAUCGCCCGGGACGGCGGCGCCGAGACGUCCGAGUACGACGUGCGCGCCCACCGCAAGUCGCUCGGCGUCACGCCGUUCGUCAAGCGCAUCGACACGCUCGCCGCCGAGUACCCGGCCCACACCAACUACCUGUACACGACCUACAACGCGUCGACCCACGACGUCGACUUUGACGACAAGGGCACGAUGGUCCUCGGCUCGGGCGUGUACCGCAUCGGCUCGUCGGUCGAGUUCGACUGGUGCGCCGUGUCGUGCGCGCGCAAGGUCCGCGAGAUGGGCAAGAAGACGGUCAUGAUCAACUACAACCCCGAGACGGUCUCGACCGACUUUGACGAGGCCGACCGCCUCUACUUCGAGGAGCUCGGGUGGGAGCGCGUCAUGGACAUCUACGAGCUCGAGGGCUCCGAGGGCGUCGUCGUGUCGGUCGGCGGCCAGCUGCCGCAGAACAUCGCGCUCCGCCUCAAGCAGACUGGCGUCAAGGUGCUCGGUACCGACCCCGAGUCGAUCGACAACGCCGAGGACCGCCACAAGUUCUCGGCCAUCCUCGACAAGGCGGGCGUCGACCAGCCGGCCUGGGUCGAGGCGUCGUCGGUCGCGUCGGCCAAGGACUUUGCCAACCGCGUCGGCUACCCGGUCCUCGUCCGCCCGUCGUACGUCCUGUCGGGUGCGGCCAUGAACGUCGUGUGGGACGAGUCGACGCUCGAGCACUCGCUCACGGCGGCCGCCGAGGUCUCGUCCGAGUACCCGACCGUCAUCACCAAGUUCAUCGACGGCGCCCAGGAGAUCGACAUCGACGCCGUCGCGUACAAGGGCGAGCUCCUCAUUCACGCCGUCUCGGAGCACAUCGAGAACGCCGGCGUGCACUCGGGCGACGCGACCAUGGUCCUCCCGCCGUUCUCGCUCAACCCGACCGACAUGGCGCGCCUCAAGGAGAUCGCCCAGAAGGUCGCCAAGGCGUUCGACAUCUCGGGCCCGUACAACAUGCAGAUCAUCCGCAAGGCCGUCCCGGGCGAGGAGACGACGCUCAAGGUCAUCGAGUGCAACCUGCGCGCGUCGCGCUCGUUCCCCUUCGUGUCCAAGGUCCUCGGCGUCAACUUUAUCGACUACGCGACCGCCGCCAUCGUCGGCGAGAACGUGCCGGCGCCGAUCGACGUCAUGGAGCAGCAGCGCGACUACGUCGCCAUCAAGGUCCCGCAGUUCUCGUGGACCCGUCUCGCCGGCGCCGACCCCUUCCUCGGCGUCGAGAUGGCGUCGACUGGCGAGGUCGCCGCGUUCGGCGCCGACCUGGCCGAGGCGUACUGGGCCUCGCUCACGUCGACCAACGGCUUCCGCGUGCCGCAGGCCGGCUCGGGCGUCCUCCUCGGCGGCGACAUCGCCGCGCCGCAGCUGGCGACCGUCGCGCAGGGCCUGUCGGACCUCGGGUUCAAGCUCUACUGCUCGUCGCCCGUCGUCGAGGAGUUCCUCAACUCGCUCCCGUACCUCGGCAAGGCCAAGAAGAUCUUCUUCCCGCUCAAGGACAAGCGCAAGCUCCGCGAGGUGUUCGAGGAGUACGACAUCCAGUCCGUCAUCAACCUCGCCAAGGCGCGCGGUCGCGACACGGUCGACGAGGACUACGUCGCCCGCCGCAACGCUGUCGAUUUCGGCAUCCCAUUAAUUGUGAACGCCAACCUCGCCACCCUGUACGUGUCGUCCCUGGCACGUAAAAUGGCCAAGGGCGAGGUUGGGAAGGCUUCCAACUACGUCGAGGGCCGUAUCCCGUCCGAGGUCAAGGCCUGGAGCGAGUGGGUCGGUGGCCACCCUUAG